UAGUCCUUGGGCGCCCAGAGCCGGCCGCAAUUCUCUGGGCCGGUUUGGCGCCUGGGCUCUUCUGUAACGGCUGCCACCUUGACCUGAGUGGCGGGCGCAUCCGCACCACCACGGAAUGAGAGGUCACCGGGGGUCCGCGUGGGCCGGGUAGGGCCAGAGACUGUGGCGACCUGAGCCCACCAGGCCCGGCGGGAGCCGCCCGCGGCCUUCGGAGCUGGUCCCCGAGGCGAGCGCGCCGGUGUGUGGUGUGCGCAUGCAUGCUGACUGGACCCACUGAGGCAUGGUCGCCAGGACAGGGGCCACAGCCGGAGUCACAUGGACAGGGCCUGAUCCUCUCAAACCCGCGAGAUAUGAUAAGGAAGAUGUGAAAUUGAAGCAGCAGCUCAGGGAAGCCAGGAUGGAAGGACUCUUGACUGACACCGUCCCCCGGGGUUCCGUGUUGGGAGAGACCCAGAAACAGGAUAUUAAGUUCAAACACAGACAGGAGACCCCCAGGGAAGACCCCACCAGGGGUGUCCUCGUCACGCAUGAGGAACCCGGUGGAACCCCCGGAACCAGAUGGAGUCCGGCUACCCAGGCUGACAGCCGUCCCCAGAGGCGCGGUGCACCAACAAAGAGCCCAAAUCUGAGGAGCACCCCAGAGGAGUCAGGCGGGGGCCCCAGGAAGCCGUGGAAGUGUGGGGACUGCGGCAAGGCCUUUAGCUACUGCUCGGCCUUCACCCUGCACCAGAGAACGCACACAGGGGAGAAGCCCUUCUCCUGCCCCGACUGCGGCAGGGCCUUCAGCCAGAGCGUGCACCUGACGCUGCACCGGCGGACGCACACGGGCGAGCGGCCCUACCCCUGCUCCGAGUGCGGCAAGGCCUUCAGCCAGGGCUCCUACCUGGCGGCGCACUGGCGCACGCACACGGGCGAGCGGCCGCACAGAUGCCCAGACUGUGGCAAGGCCUUCACGCGCCCCACACACCUGGCGCAGCACCGGCGCGUGCACACGGGCGAGCGGCCCUUUGUCUGCAGCCAGUGCGCCAAGGCCUUUCGCAGCCGCUCGUCCCUGCUGGAGCACCGGCGCAUCCACACGGGCGAGAAGCCGUUCGCGUGCGUGCAGUGCAGCAAGGCCUUCCGCUUCUCGUCCGCACUCAUCCGCCACCAGCGCACACACACGGCCGAGCGGCCCUACGCGUGCGGCCAGUGUGCCAAGGCCUUCACGCAAAUGGCACACCUGGCGCAGCACCAGCGCGUGCACACGGGCGAGAAGCCCUACACGUGCCCCGAAUGCGGCGCACCCUUCAGCCAGAGCGCCUCACUGGCCGAGCACCGGCGCAUCCACACGGGCGAGAAGCCCUACACGUGCACGCAGUGCGGCAAGGCCUUCACGCAGGUGUCGCACCUGAGCCAGCAUAGGCGCGUGCACACCGGGGAGCAGCCCUACGCUUGCCGGGACUGCGGCUGCGCCUUCAGCAACCACUCACACCUGGCGCAGCACCACCUGGCGCACACGGGCGCCCGCCCCUACGAGUGCGUGGAGUGCAGUGCUCACUUCAGCCACGCGUCCUCCCUCACCGAGCACCGCAGGGUCCACACCGGCCAGAAGCCCUUCCGGUGCGGGGACUGCGGCAAGGCCUUCGGCCAGGGCUCCUCACUGACGCUGCACCGGCGGACACACACAGGCGAGCGGCCCUACGCGUGCGCUGAGUGUGGCAAGGCCUUCAGCAACCGCUCCUACCUGAUCCAGCACCACAUCGUGCACACUGGGGAGAAGCCCUACGAGUGCAGCGGCUGCGGCAAGGCCUUCGGCUUCUCCUCUGCGCUCAUCCGACACCAGAGGAUGCAUGCUGACAAGAAGGCUAAGGACACCUUUGCCCAGUUGCAGCAGCACCUGCCUCCACACCCGAGCUCCCCCGAGGAGGAGCCCGUUGACAGUGGCAACGCUGCAGACACUGGGGGACCAGCCUAAGAAUGAGGGCUGACACCUACCAGGGGCUCCUAUAGGCGGGCGCUCUGCUGAGCCUCUCUCCUCAUGUUCACCCUCUGGCACUAGAGAGCACCUGUCCCACCAUCCCCAUGUGCCCCCCAAGGACACCGAAGCUCAGAGAUGCUCCACGGAAUGCCCGAGGUCACACAGGCACAAGACUGGACCCCUCGUCCUCCAGGCUCCCCGCCACUGCCUCCCUGGUCCAAAAUUGUAAUUGUGACCCAUGAAAGUAGACCCAGAGACUUGUCUGUGGGUCCCCGGCUGGCCUUUUGAUUGUUGAUGUUAUGAUUACGUAGACAUUUGUUUGACACAUUUAAUUUAAUAAAAAGUUCAGCCCUUUGGUGAAA